GGCCAUGGAAGACAUGGAAUGGUUGAUAGAAUACACUUUCUCUUCAAUAAAUUGACUAAAAGACAUAUUGGUGUGUGACUGAUCUUGACGGAGAGGGCGUAGCUGACAGCUAUGGAAACGAAGAUGAUGUCAUCAAAAUUGUCAUUUUUGAUGUUCAGCUUGGUGCUAUUAAGUAUGGCAGUUGCCAUUACACAACAAAGGGAGUGUCAUAAGUGGGAGUACCAAUGCACAAACAAUUUCGGAUGCUGUAACUGUUUGAUGUGCCCCAAAAAAAGUGGUUGCUCACCGACUGUUACUGAUAUAGUGCCGGAGUGUGAGAAGAACAUACAAAAAACAUCGUAUGAGAGUUGCUCUUAUAUUGCCCAUUGUGGUUGGACAGAGCAAAUGGCCACUUUGCCAACAUGUCCACCCAUCGCAACCCAAGAUGCUGUAACCAUCAAAUAUAUAUCGCCUGAUGCAUAUUUCCAAUAUGAGAGGGUUCAAAAUCACCUUUUCGCCGAGGCACGCAUUGUCUGUGCUGAUGGGACGAAUUCGACCGUCGUCAAGUGCCUUCCAGGGGGUACUGAUGGUACUGGAGGUAAAUGGAACAGGUCGACCUCGCUCACAUGCAGUAAGGACCAUGGUGCAGAUGUUGUAUCCACUCCACCGAAUCAAAAAUUGUCUACACCGUCCAUGAAAGCAAGUACUGAAGACCAACCCAAACAAAAAUCACCUAUGCCUACACCAACAGUGAUAGCUACUAAAAAUGAUACAUUGCAUAUUAAACCAACAUAUGACAUCCAAAGCAACAUCUCAGGAACAAAUAUUACAGUAUUAGCGACAAACAAGACUGAUACUGGCGAUUCUACUUCUGCUGAAAUAGGGGGUUUUCCGGUCUAUGCAAUAUACAUCUGUGUUAUUGGUGGUACAGCACUCCUGGUUGUAAUAAUUUUGAUCUUGUGUUGUCCUAACUGUCGGAAACAACACAAUGACAACCAGGGAGAGUCUACAGAUGACGAUCCAAAACCAGCUGAUCCACUAUUGACAGAUGAGUCCCAGGAGGGGACAACUAUAGUCGAAAUGCCUGAUACAGACUGUGUUGUCUCACGGAAUAACAAUCAUGCCUCUGAAAAUGGACAGUGUGCUUUGAAUGGUGGACUUCGUACACCUAAUGGUGAUAUUCCCUCGCGUAAGCCUGUUGCGACACAAAAUCGUUUACCAGAACAAUCUAAUGAGGAGUCACUCAGACUUGAAUGUAUAGAAAUGCAAACAGCAGUUGAUAAUCCUACGAUGAUGAGAAAUCUUGACAACGAUCCCAAAGAGAUUAGACCGAAGGUUAUGCCUAAUAACCAAACUGAACUUAGUCCAUUAUCUCCGGUGAAUUCACAUCUGCCUCCCCAGCAAGCUCAGCAUGACGUUGAUGAAAGCACUUGUUCUGACAUUCCCUCCUGUCAUUGUCCUGUCGCAGUUGUGAAUCCGCUGUCUCAGACCAAGGCACGCAAACGGCCAGUAGAACAAGAUGAGCGCAAUAUUCCUGGCAGUCAGUCAUCGUUGAGUACUGCAGGCAGUGAUUCGGACAACCAGGCCUCUACAAGUCAGACCAAUGUCAAAGAGUUGUUUGAUUCUGGGCAAGAUCAAGGGGUUGGGGAGGUGCACGGGUCCAAUGAAGGUGAGUCAACUCUUGAAGAUUUAUCCAAGGCGGAUCCAGUUAACCAUCGAAACGACGGCCAGGGUUAUUACACAGGGACUGGUUCACCUGAAGAAGUGAAUACGGCAGUGACAGAAGAAGUUGUGGACAGUCCAGCAAAUCAUCUUGAGUUUCCCAUGACCGGUACAGCGUCAGACCCUGCUCCUGAUUCAGUAGCGCACCGAUCUGCUAUACAGAACAGAACUGAAGAAGAGGGAGUAUUGCAUGGUGCUUCUGGAGGGCCUAGUUGUGAACAUGGUAAUCUUGCUGGGAGGAAUAAUGAUCAGUAUGGAGACCAGGAUCGAGCGGAGGAAACAAAUUGUCCAUAUAAUAAGAAUCCAGAACGGGAGCAGCUAUGCAGAUUGACCUUUAAAGAGAUCAGUAAGCGUAAUAUCUUCCAAGAAUUCAUAUUGAGUGUGGCGAAAUUCACCGACCGCUGGGAGGAGCCAUGGCGAUUAUUGGCGCAGUAUGUGUGUGAAGUAAAUGAUCGAGCAACCUUAGAACAUUUCGGGUACAAAUUCCGGCAAGCUUCAAUGGGUGUCGGUGGCAAUGUACUUAACGAGUAUGCCCUUAACUUAGGGCGUCACAAAAAACUCUAUCGACUGGUACAUUUUAUAGGAUAUUGUGAUGGAGUUAAAGAGCGUUUCCAAUUUUUGAAAUUGGUGGUGGCAUUUUUUCCAGAACAUUUCAAUCCGGACAAUACUGAGCAUUUUUGUGCAGCUUGUAAUGAAAUAUUACGGAGUUUACUGCCCCCUAACCAUCAUAAUGAUUCUUGAAGGAUAUUGGAUCUAGAAAAAAAAUAGUUAGGACAAGCAUUUAUCAGAGCUUUGUUUGAUAUUGCAACUGUGAUGUCAUCGACUGUUGAGUGUUGAUGAAAUUCCUGUGCUACUGAUUUCACUUGGUAUGGUUGUGCUAGGUUGUUGGGGUAUUUCACUGUAUAAUCUGGCUGUAGGGGUUUAUGUAUGGCUAAGUUGUGAUUACAUGGGACUUGAAUAUCAGGGGAGAUAGACAAGGGGAACCCUGCAGACUGGAACUGAGAUUUUCGACCUAAUCCAAGGUUCAGAAUGUUCAGUGACUCGGUUUUCUCAUUGAAAUUACAGGGUAAGUCAUCAAUAGAUCUAGGCCGGGGAAACAUGCUUCUGUCGUAUUCGAUAAAAUAAUUAGGAUAAUCUGAGAUCCUGUUGAUGUGUAACUAAUUGAUCAAUAUCAUGAGUCUUGACCUAAAAUAUGCAAUUAAGACUCAGUUCCGCUUUUGCCUUAAGCAAUUGUAUUGUGUAGAUUGUGUAAAUAAGGCUUACAUGGACAGUGGUUGGGUUCCUGCUGACUGCAGUGACCUGAGGGGAUUUUUCUUUUGCAAUAUCUCACUGUUGCAGACUUAGGAAAUUAUGUACAUUAAAAUUGUUUGUACUUUCUCUGUAUCUACCCAUACUUAUUGACCUUAUGAGGGCAGUACAGCUUUAUCUGGCUUGACAAAUAUGAUGUCGUCAAAUUCUGUAAUGGUGUCAAAUUUCCAUUCCAUUUGCAGAUUGCAGAAUUUUUCCUGUUACUAAGUGUUAAAUAGAUAGCUGAUAUAGGAGAAAGAUAUCUCUGUCAACCCUCUGUGGAUCUUUGAAUUUUCGAAAUCUGACCAAAUAGAGGCAGUUUUGUGCAAGUAAGUGCUGAUCUAAGGGCAAGAUUUUUACAAGCAAAACAUUUCUGACUUAGCUGAUUGGCAUCAUAACAGCAUAAAACAUUGCCUCAGGAAAACGAUCACGAUGUAUUUUGAGAAUGUCAUUGGGUAAAACCACCCUACUGAUCAUUUCCUACGCCAUCAUAAUUUAAUGGAAAUGAUCUAAAGUAGAAUGAAUCUUUUUGUUACCGGUGAUGAUAUUUUUUAAGUUUUAUAGGAAUUCUGUGCCAUAUGAGAGUUUUAUUAUUAUAUAUAUUAUAUUGUAUUGCAAAACUAGUUGUUGAAGAAUCCUUGCCUUCAGAAGGUUUUGGUGAUAUUGUACUGCCCUUGAAGAACCGGUGACACUCUAGAGAGAGUUUAUUGAUCUGUGUAUUAGAAUAUCACAUUAGUCUGGUUUUAAACCUUGUAAUGUAUGCUAAUUAGUUCUUGUUCUGUUAGACAAUUUGUGCUGUGUAUGCGCAACACUGACCAAGCACAUGGGAGUGCCGGCAUGUUCCAUAGCUUUGAAUUUUUUUUGCGCAAUUGUUGACACUAUUUAACAAGGUUCAGAACUGGACUAUUGAAAAGUUCUUGUUGUACAUUUGCUUGAGUUUAGAGGCUGUUUCAUAUAAGCAUGCAUGUUGACAAAUUUGAUUUUAAUCAAGUUAUAGAAGCACCUACAGGGCUGCCUACUUGUACACUUUGGAUGUAAAAUGUACACCUUUUGGGGCCACUGUACACCUAAUUCUAGUGAUUGUACACUAAAAUUAGAUGGAGUUGUCUCCAAAUACUUGAAAAUUAUGCAAUAUUUUCAUAACUAACCAAAUUUUACACCUUCUUUUCAAACUUUACUCCUUUUUGUCCAGGAUUCUAUACCUUGAAUAAUGUAAUUUUGUAAUUGAAAAAGCCGAUCGAAGUUAUGGAGACUGGCAUGGGCAUUAGGUAUCUGUUAACGUAGAAAUUUCACUUAAGUAAUAUCAUGUGUUGUUGGUCAUAAAAAAACCUGAUGAAGUUGUUAUUGGAAUUGUCAACUGGUUUGGAAGUUUGACUCACAAUGGUGUGUUCGGACUCCCAUUUGGUCAUCAUGUUGUUAUUCUAGUUUAGAGUUGGCUGAUCUUGUGUUAUUGGGGUUGUGUUCGAUCAGCAAUAACUGAAAUGAAAUCUAUUUUUGAAAGUGUCAUGUUAUGGGGUUUGUUACGGCAUGUGCUCCGGCAACAGUAUGGUAUAAGUGGGGUUGUUAGUAAAAAUGCUUUGUUCAUUUGAAAAUUUGCCAGUAAGUAUCAAUAUGUUAUUGAAUUCGCAGAUAUUUAUGGUUUAUUUAUGAUCGAAAACAUGAGGAAGCCUUGUUUUGAGAAGGUUGUUCUAGUGCCUGGCUGAUUACUCAGAAAAUUUCUUGACAGAAGAGAAAAUUUCAGGAAAAUUUUGGAAAUUUUAACUGAAUGUAUUUUUGUGAUACCUCAUAUGCAACACUGUACUCUUAUUCAAUGAUUGAUAUGAUAGGACACGUAUGCAGUGUACUCAAAUGAAUUUUUGGAGUGUGUCCACUUUGGAAUUGAUACCCAUACAUGAUGCUUAUGGACAGCAGCUGUAGGCUACUUCUGCUGAGGACUUGUCCGAAGUGACUGUAUGGGGAUAUCUUGUUCAUACAAACACAGGAUCUGAAUGACAUUUGAAUUUUCUUUUCUUUACUUUCUGAAUAAUAAAAUAUGAUAUAUGGAAUCCAACAUUUUCUUAGGGGAACAUUGCCAAUGAAAAAUACCCAUCUAAUGGGUAUUGACCUCAAUGGGUGUUGAUUCAAAAGUGGAGAUGAUACAAAUGUAUUAUUUUAUUUAAUAAAAACAAUGAGAUA